AUGUCCAGAGAGUUCAGCAUUGAAGAGCUGAAGAAAUACAGCGGGAAGGACGGUGGAAAGAUUUACGUGGCCUUGAACUUCAACGUUUUUGACGUCACCGUGAAAGGGAAAAGUAACUACGGACCAGGUGGCCAGUAUGAAUCAUUUGCUGGUAGAGAUAUCUCGAGAGCGAUGGCUACUAUGGCUAUGGUGCACACGGAGACCUACGACGAACUGACGGAUUUGAAUGAGGAUCAAAAAAAGAGUUUGAUCACGUGGGAGAAAAAUUUCAAAGUAGUGAUGCUAAAAAUUUUCAUACUAUUCACAACAGAAAAGUAUGAAAUCGUAGGAAAACUGGUCAAGUAG